AUGAGUCCUCCGCUGCCUCAACCCCUCCCCUCACUACCCACUGCUCCCCUCUCCCAUUCUCUCCUGCCCUCCCAUUCUCUCCUGCCCUCCCAUUCUCUCCUGCCCUCCCAUUCUCUCCUGCCCUCCCAUUCCCUCAUGCCCUCCCAUUCCCUCAUGCCCUCCCAUUCCCUCAUGCCCUCCCAUUCCCUCAUGCCCUCCCAUUCCCUCAUGCCCUCCCAUUCCCUCAUGUCCUCCCAUUCUCUCCUGCCCUCUCAUUCCCUCAUGCCCCCCCACUCCCCCAUACCCUCCCAUUUCCUCAUGCCCUCCCACCUGAUGGACGUGCGUCUAGACCUGAUGAACGUGGUGGGGGUGGUGGGACCAGCGUGCUCCGAGGCAGUCAAGGGAGCCAACUCCGUGCUACAGCCUAAAGGGAUCCCCUACGUGUCCUUUGCUGCUACUGCUGAUGUGUUCAACACGCCAGAUUAUAACACGUUCUUCAGAACUGUCUUCGCUGACAAGCACCAGGCCAGGGAAAUCGCGGCGCUGAUCAGAUUCUUCCAGUUCAACGAAGUCCAUCUGUUCUACUCCAACGAGAUCUAUGGCUCAGAUCUCGCCUCCAAGAUCCGUGCUGAGCUGGACGGCUCACUCAUCCCCGUCAGCACCAUCCCCGUCAGCUACCCCGUGGACGAGUUUGCGCCGCUCUUCGCUGACGUGGCGGUCGGGGAGAGGUCCAUCUGCGUGCUCGCCGCCCUGCCAGCUGUCGCGGAGGGGUUCUGGCGGGCGGCUGUGAGGGAGAACUUCACUACCUACCCCUGGUGGUACCUGGGGACUGACGGCGUGGCAGCUCUUGACUUCGUUGACCAGUCCGGGGAGAGGCUCGGAGGUAUGGCCAGGUCACUGCAAGGGGAGAUGGCUGUCGGUCCCAACAUGCCCUUUGAGAGUCCCAACUUGCGUCCAUUCACGAACCACUGGAAGAAGCAAGCUGCGGACGAUUACGUUGGGCUCAUCAAUGCGCCGACCACGCCAAAGUAUAACGAGACGCGCUUAUACGUGGCACAUCUGAUCGACUCCAUCUGGGCCUUCUUCGAGGCAUUUCGGAACAUCAUAGCCGUCCAAAACCGGGCGGUAACCGCGCAAGCCGUUCUUGAGUGCUUCCGAAACCAGCCGGCCGGUUGCGGGCGGUUCGAGGGAGCAUCGGGAACAGUGGCGUUCAAUACAGUCACGGGGGAGAGGCUGAAGCUAGAUGGGAUGCCAGCUUACAGUCUUUACAACUUGAUUGGAAAGACGUGGAAGGAGAAACCCAAGUGGGUGUUGAACGGCUCAGAUGGCGUCAAGCUGAUGGAUCCAACGGACUAUGUCACUCGGCCAGGACCUCUGCCAGCUGGCUCGCUGUUGCCCUUGCAGCACCAGAUUGUGGCUCCGUAG